CCGAAAACGGAGCAGAUAUCUCUCCCAUGGCCCAGUUUGUUUGCAUUUAGACAUAUAUCUUGUCCAUACAUUCGAUACUUACAUCUUGCACUGGGCUACUUCUUCUCACAGAAGUAAUUGUUUCCGCUCUCUUAAAUUCGAUAGACGAGACCUGUUCAUACCCUCCUGCUGCCAAGAUGGGAAGCAACAGCACCUCCCGCGACUGGGUCAACGAGCCCAUAGCCAUUGUCGGGUUGAGUUGCAAGUUCGCCGGUGAUGCGUCGAGUCCUGAGGAUUUGUGGAAGAUGUUGGCCGAAGGGAAGAGUGCUUGGAGCGACUUGUCGGCACGCUUCAAUAGCACAGGCGCAUAUCAUCCCAAUCACGAAAAGCUGAGCACGAACCACGUCCGAGGCGCUCAUUUCCUGAAAGAAGAUCUGGCAUUGUUCGAUGCCGCAUUCUUCGAUUUCUCUCGAGAGCUCACCGCCGCCCUAGACCCCCAAUUUCGGCUACAGCUUGAGUCUGUCUAUGAGGCGCUUGAGAAUGCUGGUCUUCCUCUGGACAAGGUUGCUGGUUCCAACACAUCGGUAUUCGCCGGCACAUUCGUUCACGAUUACCGCGAUUCACUGGUCCGCGAUGAAGACAACCUUCCAAGAUUCUUUCUUGCUGGUGUAGGAUCCGCUAUGGCAUCGAACCGCAUAUCUCACUUCUUCGACUUUCGAGGAGCAAGUAUGACGAUCGACACAGGCUGUUCGACUGCUCUUGUUGCACUCCACCAGGCUGUGCAAAACCUUCGCAGUGGAGAGAGCGACAUGAGCAUUGUCGGUGGCUCGAAUGUCAUUUUCAACCCCGACAACUUUAAGGCAAUGGGGUCACUUGGCUUCUUAUCACCAGACGGGAAAUGUUUCGCCUUUGAUUCACGCGCCAACGGGUACGGACGAGGCGAGGGUGUGGCCACGCUUGUGAUCAAACGGCUACAGGACGCAAUCUCCGCCGGUGACCCUAUCCGCGCCGUGAUCCGCGAGACAGCCCUGAACCAAGAUGGCAAGACAGAGACCAUCACAUCACCAAGUCAGGCAGCCCAGGAGGCUCUCAUGCGUGAUUGUUACGCGAGAGCUGGCCUUGACCCUAAAGACACUCAGUAUUUCGAAGCGCAUGGGACUGGGACCGCAACAGGAGAUGUGAUUGAGGCAAAUGCGAUAGCAUCUGUCUUCAAAGACCGUCGACAGCGGAACAUAGAACCCCUCCGCGUGGGCUCAGUCAAGACCAAUAUCGGCCAUACGGAGGCGACAAGUGGACUAGCCAGCCUGAUCAAGGUCAUUUUGGCCAUGGAAAAUGGUCUUAUCCCACCCAGUAUCAACUUUGAGAAGCCGAACCCUAAAUUGUCACUGGAUGACUGGGGUCUCAAGGUGGCUACAAGCUUGGAAGAGUGGCCCGCUCCCGCGAAUGGCGUCCGCCGAGCGUCCGUGAACAAUUUCGGAUAUGGCGGAAGUAACUCACACAUUAUCAUCGAGGAUGGCCGAUCCUGGGCUAAAAGCCAGAGACCUACAGCAGACGACCGAGCUCUCAAUGGCGGCAGAAACUUGACCAAUGGCACCAAUGGCACCAAUGGAGUGUCCCACGGCACUAAUGGCCAGCAAACUUCGGCAACCCAUGAGACCAAAUUUGUGCUUCUCAACUGCAGCGCGAAAGAUGAGCACGCUUGCAGAAACACGGUGUCCACGCUCAAAGAGUACCUCGUAAAGCAGGCAGAGAGCAGACAAGGUGAAUUGGACACCGAGGCAUUGCUGCAGUCAGUUGCUUUCUCGCUGGGCCAACGGCGGACGAAGUUCCCCUGGGUUGCCUUGAAUCCUGUUCCAUCCAACCAAGGCAUUGGCGAGGUCAUCACGGCCCUGGAUACCCCCAAAUUCCGGCCCUCUCGCACACCAUCACGACAACCGCGUAUAGGCAUGGUCUUUACGGGACAAGGAGCCCAAUGGCACGCCAUGGGAAGGGAGCUGAUCGCGGCCUACCCGGUGUUUAGGGCAUCUCUCCAAGAAGGCGAUGCGCAUUUGAAGGAGAUUGGGGCAGAUUGGUCUCUUAUGGAAGAGCUUCAACGGGACGCUGAGACGACCAGGGUGAACGGGACCGGCUACAGCAUUCCCAUUUGUGUUGCUGUUCAGAUCUCGCUGGUGCGCUUGCUCCGCGCCUGGGGGGUGACGCCGACCGCCGUGACGAGCCACUCGAGCGGCGAGAUCUCGGCAGCCUUCACAGUUGGGGCCGUAAGCUACCGUAUGGCCAUGGGUAUAGCCUACUAUCGCAGCAAGCUGGCAGCUGAGAUGACGGCCGGCGUGCCUGUCAAGGGCGGAAUGAUUGCGGUGGGUCUCGGCCAGGAGGACUCGAGAGGGUACUUGGACAGGCUCACAUGCGGUGCAAAGGCUGUCGUCGCUUGCGUGAACAGCCCAUCAAGUACCACGGUCGCCGGCGAUAUCGAGGCUGUUCUAGAACUCGAGGCUCUGUUGGAGGCAGAUGGUGUGUUUGCCCGCCGCCUUCGGGUCGGCACUGCGUACCACUCUCAUCACAUGGAACCCAUCGCCGACGACUACCGCAAGUCGCUCCGCAGCAUGGCCGGCAAUGACCACCGAAAGGGAAAACCAUUCCUGGGGCCGACGGCGUUUGCGUCCCCGGUUACGGGGUACCGCAUGACUGGUGCUGAUAAGAUUGCCGACCCGGAACAUUGGGUUCGAAGUCUGGUACAGCCUGUACUAUUCGUGGACGCCUUUUUGGAGAUGGUCCUAGGAGACUUGGACGCCGAUUCAGAGAUGUCUACAACCAGCGUGGAUCUGAUUGUUGAGAUAGGACCCCACACUGCUCUCGGCGGCCCUAUCUCAGAGAUCCUCACGCUUCCGGACUUUGACGGGAUGAAGUUACCAUACUAUGACAGUCUUGUUCGCAAAGUCAAUGCGGUGGAAAGCAUGCAGACCCUCGCAGCGAAUCUUAUCCGUGAGGGUUAUGCGUUAGACCUAGAGGCUGUCAACUUCCCUCAGGGUAGGGGAAAACAGGUCAAGGUGCUCACCAACUUGCCCUCUUACCCUUGGAACCAUCAGACAAGACACUGGCUCGAGCCGCGAGCCAAUAAGGGGCUUCGCAACAGGAGUCAACCACCUCAUAAUCUGCUCGGCUCCAUUGUUCCGGGUGCUAAUCCUGACGCUCCGGCAUGGAAACAUUUCCUCCGUGCCAACGAGUCCCCGUGGGUAAGGGACCACUCGAUCCAGAACAACAUGCUAUAUCCUGGCUGUGGGUUUGUCUCUCUUGCCAUAGAGGGUCUACGCCAGCAGACGGUCAUGCUUCAGGAGCAGGGUGAAGCAGUGUCUGUGGAUGAAAUUUCCGGUUACCAGAUACGGGACGUCAACGUUCUCCAGGCUCUUGUCAUACCAGACAGUGAGGAUGGUAUUGAGAUCCAGACGAUGCUCCGCCCGGUCAAUGAUAAGGCUAUUGGCGUGCGUGGCUGGAAGCAAUGGGAGGUGUUCUCCGUAACGGCUGAUAACCAGUGGACCCGUCACGCCCAAGGGCUCAUCUCGGCCGACGUCGAAAGAUCGUCGGAGAAUGCAUGUGUCGGCCUACAGAGGAAACAGCAGGAUCUAAGCCCGUUAGAUCCCACCUCUGGUUAUGCAAAGCUUAUCGAUCCCGCGGACAUGUGGGACGUGUUGAAAGACAUGGGGAUCGAGUACGGGAAGACGUUCAGAAACAUCAAGAAAAUCGUACAGUCGGGUCGCGAAAUGAGGUCCAUUAGCACGAUUGUUGUGCCUGACACUACAGUGGCCAAGGACCUGCCUCCUAACCACGUAGUCCACCCGGCCACGCUCGACGCCUUCGCCCAGGGCACGUUCACUGCUCUUCCUGGCACCGAGUCGCGUCAGGAGAGCCCCAGGGUUUUCCAAUCGAUUGACAAACUAUGGGUUUCAAGCAAGAUCGCCCACGAGGCAGGACAUAGCUUUCAGUGUCAUACGUUCCUCAACCAUGCCGACGGGCAGGGGAUAGAGUCCCAGAUAGUCGUUGUCGACGAGGGCUUGGGGUCCCUGCCGGUGCUGGAGAUUCAAGGUCUCGUCCUUUCGUCGCUCGGACGGAGCGCAAACAACGGCACCAAGGCUUGGGAGAAGGAGCUCUGCAGCAAGAUAGAAUGGGUCACUAAUCCCGCUUUCGACGCUCAGGCAGCCUUCGAGUCUUCCACGAAGUCGCAGAUAUACCCGGACAUUGACGACGAUGAGAAGCGCAACAACGUGUACCUUGAGCGGUUGUGUCUCGACUUCAUUCAAGAUGCGUUGUCUGCAUUUCCUGCGGCUGAAGUAGAACAGCUUCAGGGCUUCCGACACGAACUCUACCAGUGGAUGCAAUCUGAGUUGAACAAAAUUCCAGACGGAAAGAUGCUACAGGAAUCCUCGAUGGAUCGACAGGCUCUCGUUGAAGUCUUGUCCCAAGCCAACCCGGACGGAAGAACAGUCUCACUGCUAGGACCACACCUAGCCGCUGUCCUUCGUGGAGAAAAAGAUGCCCUGGAGCUGUUGAAAGAACAGGAUCUUCUAGAGGGAUUGUCCAGUCCUUCUAAAUCAUCUCCAGCUGCUCUUCGGGCGGCCUCCCAAGCGGCCUCCAUGCUGCGAAGUAUCACGCAAGCUAAUCCUCGAGCGCGCAUCUUGGAGGUCGGCUCCAGCACCGAGGCUGGCACGGCCGCCAUGCUCGAGGCCUUGGGCACAAUUGAGAAGGGCGGACCACUCGCUGCAUUGUAUCACUUUACCAACAUGUCCGGUGACUUCGAGGAUGCUUAUGAGCAGUUCGAAUCCUGGUCUGACGUCCUGUCAUUCAACAAGCUCGAUAUCAACAUUGAUCCCUCCGCUCAGGGCUUCGAAGUCGGUAGUUACGAUGUCGUUAUCGUAAACCAGGGUAUGCUCGGCGCGCAGUCCAUUGCAAACUCCUUGGGUCAUAUCCGAAGCCUUCUCAAGCCCGCAGGCAAGUUGUUGUUUGUUGAAACCACGAGAGACAGUGUUGCAAAGCAGUUGGUUCGUGGUUUCUUGUCGCAGUCUUCGCAGGGUGGGGAUCCUCAGGCGGCCUUCCAGCCGGUUCCUUCUGUACUUUCUUGGGAUCAACACCUCAAGAGUGCUGGAUUCAUGGGGGUGGAGUUUGCGAUCCGCGAUUGUGAGAAGCACGAAGUAUACACGUUGAGCACCAUGUCGGCGACCGUGCAGCCCUCGGCCACGCCGACCCGCCUACCUGAUCCCGCUGACAUGGUGCUUGUCACCAGCAGUACCGCAGGCCCCCCUCCACCGGCUUGGCUGGAUGCCUUGCAACAUUCACUCUCCUCGGACCCCUCAGGUCAACUGCCAGCCGUCCAAACUCUGGAGACAGCACCAACAACGGCAUACACGGGCAAGAUCUGUGUGUUCCUCGGUGAGAUGAACCACCCGCUGCUCCACGAUAUCAAUGGACCCGUGCUUGAUGGGAUAAAGGCCAUGGCAACAGGCUGCAAAGGCCUGCUCUGGGUGACACGUGGCGGCGCGGUCGACUGUGAAAAUCCAGACCUCGCGCUUGUGUCGGGCCUACUCCGCUCAUUGCGCAAUGAGUACUUUGGCCGACCUUACGUGUCAUUGGACCUGGAUCCCAGAAGCCCUGUGUGGGCAGCCGGCGACGUGGAUUCUAUUGUGAGAAUCGUGGCAGCCGGUUUCAGCAGCCUAGUGACUGCCUCUGGGGCACCACCUGCGGCUUCAGCAGCCGGCGACUUCGAGUACGCUAUCCGAGAUGGCAACGUCAUGGUACCCAGGCUGAUCAAAGAUACGCCUCGGAACAAGUCGAUUACGCCGGAUGAGGCGACUGAUGUAUCCUCAUCGGCCACCAUGACACCGCUGCAUCAAGACGAGCGUCCUCUGGUUAUGAAUGUCGGCAUGCCAGGCCUGCUGGAUACGAUAGCCUUUGUCGACGAUUCAUCAGUGGCUGUAGACAAGGGCACCCAGAUCUCUCCUGAAUUGGUCGAGAUUGAGCCCCGGGCAUAUGGCGUCAACUUCAGAGAUGUCAUGGUAGCUAUGGGUCAACUUCAGGAGCGUGUCAUGGGCCUGGAGUGUUCCGGUGUCAUUACCCGCGUUGGCGAAGAAGCGAUGGCUCAAGGUUACAGUGUUGGAGAUCGCGUUUUCUGUUUGUUGCGCGGACCAUUUGGCAGUCGCGCUCGGGUUGAGUGGACCAGUGUAAUGCACAUGCCAGCGAAGAUCACCUUUGAGGAGGCAGCCUCGCUCCCUGUCAUAUUCUGCACGGCCUAUAUAUGUCUUAUUGACAUUGGCCGUCUCGAACGUGGUCAGACUGUCCUUAUUCAUGCCGCCGCGGGUGGUGUCGGACAAGCAGCUAUCAUGGUGGCAAAGCACCUGGGGGCAGAAAUCUUUGCCACUGUUGGCACAUCUGAGAAACGCCAGAUGAUCAGAGAAAGAUACGGCAUCCCGGAUGACCACAUUUUCAGCAGCCGUGAUGCCUCCUUCUCAGCAGGGGUUCUCGCCGCCACCGGUAGCCGCGGCGUCGAUGUGGUCUUGAACUCCCUGGCUGGCCCUCUCCUGCAGGAGAGCUUCAACGUGCUCGCCCCGUUCGGCCACUUCGUGGAGAUCGGGAAGCGUGACUUGGAAAUCAACAGUUACCUGGAAAUGCGCCCAUUCAGCCGCCAGGUCUCCUUCUCGGCAUUUUACCUGCUGACUCUGAUGCGGCACAAACCGCGCACUGUGCAUCGCGUGCUGGCAGAGAUCGCGGCGCACCUUGAGACCAAGGUCAUCGCGCCCGUACAUCCGGUAACCGCUUAUCCCAUCAGUGACGUGGCCAAGGCGUUCCGUAUGCUCCAGACUGGAAAACAUUCCGGGAAGGUGGUGCUAUCAGCCGGCCCAACUGAAGUGGUUCCUGUUGUGCCAGGGGCGCGGACGCCGAGGUUCCAGGCUGACUCGUCCUACUUGCUCGUGGGCGGCGUCGGUGGACUUGGUCGGUCUAUUGCACACUGGAUGGUGGCACACGGUGCAAAGAACAUCAUACUGCUCUCAAGGAGCGCCGGGCGCAGCGGGAAGACGGCCGUCUUUGUGGACGAGCUCCAGCAGAUUGGCUGCCGUGUCAAGGCUGUGAGCCGCGACGUUGCAAAUCAAAAAGACCUCCAGGAGGCGCUGCGUUCGGCUGAAGAGGACGGACUGCCUCCAGUCCGCGGUGUUAUUCAAGCCGCAAUGGUUCUUGAGGAUACUGUGCUGGAGCAGAUGACGCUCGAAAGCUUUAAGGCAGUCACUUUGCCCAAGGUGCAGGGCACAUGGAACCUACACAAAAGAUUUGAGAAGGCAGCCGACCUUGACUUCUUCGUCAUCAUUUCCUCGGCUGUAGGUGUUGCAGGCAAUGCCAGCCAGUCCAACUACGCCGCUGCCGGGUCCUACGAAGAUGCCCUGGCACGGUGGCGCGUGGCACAGGGCCUGCCCUGUGUGUCUAUUGACCUCGGCGCCGUCAAGUCUAUAGGCGUGGCCGCCGAGACGGCAGGCGUCCUUGGCCGCCUGGGGAGGAUCGGGUUCGUCCCCAUGAGCGAGGAACAGGUGCUCGCGGUGCUGGCCAGCGCAAUUCUGUCCCCACGCGAGCCGCAGGUCGUCGUGGGGCUAAACACAGGCCCUGGGAAUCACUGGGAGAGCGACGGGGAGUCGCAGCUGGGAAGAGAUGCGCGGUUUGCUGCCCUGCGUGCCCACGAGGGCCAGACUCAAGGCAACGGAGAAGCAAGGCAGGGGGGCGACUCGCUGGCCAGCAGGCUAGCCGGCUCGAGCACCCCAGAGCAAGCAGGCGAUCUCAUCGGGGCGGCGAUCGCAGAGAAGUUGUCGGACAUCUUCAUGAUCCCCGUGGACGAGAUCGACCUGGCCAACAAGCCCACGCAUUACAACAUCGACUCCCUGGUCGCCGUCGAGUUACGGAACAUGCUGCUCCAGAAGGCGGCAGCCGAGAUCUCCAUCUUUGGCAUCAUGCAGAAUGCGUCGCUCGCUGGGCUGGCUGCUCUCGUUGCUUCGAAGAGCGCCCACGUAAAGUUCGCAAUGGCGACUUGAGUGGUAUCUCAGGGGUGCUCCGAGCAGACAACACUCGAGCUGCGGUCGCAGUCAUCCAUUCGGUCGAAUUCCUUUUGUCAUCGGAUAGAAAAAUUAGUCUAGAUUCAAUCAUUCCAACUUGUUACUGUUCAAA